GAGCCGGUGCCCCCUACACCUCCACCCUCGAAGGUGUACAGGAAGAUUUCUCGGAACGUGUCGAGGUCGACCAUGAAUUCAUCAGUCCACACGUUGAACAGCGCUGAUCCUCUGACUGAGCCAUCCACUUCAGAUGACCGCUCAAUCGACACCCCUCACACAAGUUUCUCGAGCGACGCAAGUUCCCAUUCGUAUGCUGCCAGGCCCUCUUUUGCGGAUACGGACAGCUGUGAAGUCCCAAUACCCAGCGACCUGCGGACAGCAAUAUCCACCCCGACUCCCGAUGAUUCCAGAGUCUUGUGCACGUACAUACCAGCUCCAAAGAAGAAUACCAGAUAUUUGCCAAGUCUUACCACAGCGUUGGAUCCAGUGCCUGGCGCGACCAGGCAUGAUCUAUUUGUGCAGAAGCCCUUACCACCCGUACCUGCGCCCCAGCCCCAGCAUGGCAGCAACGACAGACGCAUCUCCACCAUCGCCCCCUUGCCGGAACCGGGACACAUCAGGAAGACAUCGGCUCGGUAUCGCUGUGAACCUCCUCAAGACGCCACUACUAGCCGAUCUGCCACGCCAACGUCGCCUUCUUCGAGACCGUCCAGCAGCAGAAGCAAAAGCUCUUCAUGCACACAAGAUCUCGUGGUAGACGGGGGUCGGAGGAGGGCUGCAUCAUAUAGUCUCUUCCCGCGAACCCCUUCGACGGGGCAACAAAGGCUGCCCUCAAAUGGUGGCAUACCUUCGCCUAGACAAACCACUAUAGCCACCACCGUAGCUUUACCGAACCAGUGCAGUCUGCGAUCCCCGAGGACACCUACAAACGGGGAGACACAGGACUUGACACGUCCUCGACCACCACCGCUGCCACCGUCGCGAGACCCAAGGAGACACGGCAAAGUCCUAUCCACCGACACGGCCGCCGCGGCCGCUGCGGUCAUCACGACUGGACAGCCGCCCGCCUCAUACAUCUCAUCUGCGGAAGACGAAGGCAACCCUCGACCGCCGUCGAGACUGGCAAAGACCUCACCAUGUCAAACCGUCCUUCAGAGGCAGAAGAGCAUGCCUUGCCUGGUCCGUCCCCGAACCCCAUCAUCGGGACCUCCUCCUACCGACCCCCUUCCAGCAUUACCAACAGUGGCCUCGAGGUGUCUACCGCCGCCUUUUAAGAUU